CCAUUUCCGCCAGAAACGAAAGAAAAAUGUGGCGGAAACGGGCUUCCAUAUGAAGAUGUCCAUGAUGGAUCAUUACUCACACGAUUAAUUAAAAGAAACUAGUUAAUUUGACCAUGGGCAUAAUGUGUGUGUGUGAGAGAGAGAGAGCAGCAGUGACGGCAGCAGUGACCUACUGACGUCUCAGGCCCCUCAUCGAAUCUCAUUCCAUCCUGAGGGUCCAUUGGGGGGGAGGUAAGUGCAGGUGUAUAAAAGAGCUGAGAGGCGCGCAGAGAGUCAUCAUCAUCAUCACAACGAGGAAAGACCACCAGCACAGCGGGACUGCAGCAUAUUUACGACACUUUCUUUAGAGCACAAGUGGUGUAAAGCGAUGUCACAACGGAGUGGCCACCAGCUUCUUCUCCUCUUUGCCCUCUUCAGUGUGCUCUACUCCAGGACUCUAAGUCUGCCAUACACGUCUAUGAGGCAAUCGAGACACGCAGACGGUCUUUUCACCAGCGGCUACAGCAAACUCCUGGGUCAGCUCUCAGCGAGAAGAUACCUGGAGUCUCUGAUUGGAAAACGAGUCAGUGACGAGCUGAUGGACGAGCGGAUGAAGCGCCACUCGGACGCCGUCUUCACAGACAACUACAGCCGCUUCCGCAAACAGAUGGCCGUCAAGAAAUACCUGAACUCGGUCCUGACGGGGAAGAGGAGUCUAGAAAAUCCUGGAAUGAGCGACCAGGAAGAAUCCAGGGAAGAGCCUGACACUUUCCAGGAGACCUACGACGACAUCAACGUCGAUCACCUGCUAAAUAACUUCCAGCUGCCGCUUUGAGGAGAGCUCCGAUCCGGUGUCAUCGUGGUGAAACCAUCCGUUCCAGCAACAACACAGCAUUCACCCAAAGAUCCAAACAAGCAAGGCUGACGUCUUCUCCAGUGUGGUUCUAAUCUACAGUAGUUACAGCAUACAGUACACUUCUAGUCUCUAAUUGAUGACUGCACACAUCCAUACGUAAAAGGGCAACACCGACUAAUUUGGCCUUUCUUGUGGCGUCCCUUUUCCCAAAGCAUUUAUUAGAACUAGUUUGUAAUCUGUUCUUUGGGAAAUACAUGCUGAAAGAAACAGUCACGCGUCAUUAGAACCUCAUAUUAAGAACCUAAGUACGGACAAUAAACCCAAACUACAGGCUGCGACCAUACAAACGCCGGCCAACCAAACUGUUUUCGAGAAUCCCAGCCAAACAGAUGAAGAGGAGAACCUUUUAAAUGGACCCGGAUGCAUUUAAUCACUUUAUACUACUCGACUUGUAGAGCAAACAAAGUCCUAACUGUGCAUGGAGCUGCCUUUAGCGCAUAAUAGUGACGAUGUAUGUACACCACUCACCAAAUAAAAGAUGUUGGUUUUAUUUUUCAAAGCUGAGUUAUGUCUUGUCUGGCUGAUUGCUUGAUGCACAUUUUACAUUUUCGUCUUUAAAAAUAAGUCUAAUAACAA